GAGUAGGCAGUAGGCAUGAUGCCUUCUGAAUGGGACGCGCCCCUGAUCCGUCGCCGCACCGGCUCGACCAGCGCUGACAGCCGGUGCUGCUGCUGCCCUCAGCGGCGGAUAAAACAGAGCGACUGGGCCGGUUUGUGGUAGAAAAAUAUGUCGGAUUUUGAGGAAUUCGAGAAACAGCUGAGUGAAAAUAGGCAAGAGAGAGAGAAGGAGAAGCAUAGGAGAAGGAGCCGCAGCGGCUCACUGAGCCGUGGUGAGAAGCAUCGCAGCUGGAGCAAAGACAGAGGCAGCCGCAGCCGAGAGAAACGCAGCCGCAGCCGAGACCGCAAGAGCCGGGAUCGCCGGAGCAGCUCCAGGGAUCACAAGAAACACAGCUUUUCUCCUCGGCGAACGAGAAAGAAAAGGACAUACAGAUACUGGGAUGUUCCACCCCCGGGCUUUGAACACAUCACUCCAGCGCAGUACAAAGCAAUGCAAGCUGCUGGGCAGAUCCCCACCAUUGCUCUGCUGGCGACGUCUACCACAGCUGGAGUGGCUGUGACGCCAACACAAGUGCCUAUUGUUGGCAGCCAGAUGACCAGACAAGCUCGGCGUCUUUAUGUUGGCAAUAUACCCUUUGGAGUGACUGAGGAAUCAAUGGCAGAGUUCUUCAACACCCAGAUGAGACUUGCUGGGCUUUCUCAGGCACCCAGCAACCCUGUGCUUGCUGUGCAAAUUAAUCAGGACAAAAACUUUGCGUUCCUUGAGUUCAGGUCGGUAGACGAGACCACACAGGCCAUGGCGUUUGAUGGAAUCAUCUUUCAAGGGCAGUCACUGAAGAUCAGGCGGCCUCAUGACUAUCGCCCCCUGCCUGGCAUUUCUGAGCAGCCGGCGUUCCACGUUCCAGGAGUUGUGUCCACAGUUGUACCAGACUCUCCCUAUAAACUCUUCAUAGGAGGUCUGCCUAACUAUCUAAAUGAUGAUCAGGUUAAGGAGCUCUUGACAUCAUUUGGACCGCUCAAGGCUUUCAACCUUGUUAAAGACAGUGCUACAUCACUGUCGAAAGGUUACGCUUUCUGUGAAUAUGUAGAUAUCGGUGCCACUGACCAGGCGGUGGCAGGGCUAAAUGGCAUGCAGCUUGGUGAUAAAAAGCUCAUCGUCCAGCGAGCCAGUGUGGGUGCAAAGAACGCCAAUCCAACUGCCAUCAUAGAGACGCCAGUAACUCUGCAAGUUCCUGGGCUGCAGAGGGUGCAGAAUUCUGGUUUGCCCACUGAGGUGUUGUGUCUCCUCAACAUGGUGAUGCCUGAGGAGCUGCUGGAUGACGAGGACUACGAGGAGAUCCUGGAGGACAUCCGUGAGGAGUGCUGCAAGUACGGCAGCGUACGCUCCAUUGAAAUCCCACGGCCCAUUGAUGGCGUGGAGGUACCGGGUUGUGGCAAGAUCUUUGUGGAGUAUGGGUCAGCUGCAGACUGUCAGAAGGCCAUGCAGGCCCUGACCGGACGCAAGUUUGCGAACCGUGUGGUGGUCACCAAGUACUACGAUCCAGACCUGUACCACAGACACGAAUUCUGAAGGUCAAGGCUGGACUGACUCACCAAGACGAUGAGCAGCAUGAGGAAGGAAGGAAGGAGGUCAAGAUCGGUCUUGUUUUCUUUCGCUGUUACACCGUUGCUUUUUUUUGCUAUUUAUAAAGUUUUAAAAGAGACGAUGUGAGUAGGCCAUCUUCUUGAUUUCUGACCAACAGUAGGGCACACAAAACUAGUACUCAUCUGUGAAGUGAAGUAUUUUAACAAACUGUGACUCAAACCUUUUAGCUUUCAGCUUUUAGUAUUGGCAGAAAUGAUCAAACUUGACUUUAACCCAAAACCCAAAGAUCCAGCCAGCAUUCAUCUCUUUCUUUACAAUCAAAUACAGCAUUUAUCUUCAACGGCAAAAGAACGAACCGCUGUGAAAUGACAUUUUAGCUGUGCGCUCAAGCUUACCUGUUACCUGUUCUUUAAGAUGGCCUUGGGUUUGUUCUCCAUGAAAAAUGAAAUUAGAUUUUAGUGUAGCUUGGUUAGGGGAAACCGUGCUUCAUACCAGCAAAAUGUAAUCGAUGUUAUUCUAAAUAGUUGUUGUAAGAUAAAAUGAAAGUGUUCCCAUGUGUUGAUUUAAGCUGCUAAUAGUGUAAAUACUGUACCUAUAGAAACAUCCAUAGGUCUAAAAUGUGUGCGAAUGGAAAUGAGCAAGGGAGAACGAGGGAGAGCCCAUGUGCACUGAUCUGACUGUUCCUCCAGAUAUUUGUACGUAUUUAUAAGAAUUCGUGGCCCCAGUUCUGUUCAUAAUGAGAGCAUUACAUCUUCCAUUUUACCCUCAAGAAAUCCAGACACGGAAAUUCUGAAGUGUUUUGCUUGAUGGUCAGAAUAUGGGCUUGUUUGGAGGAACGUUAUAUUGUUUACAGCAGUUUGCCACUAAGAAGACCCCACAGAUCCCCUAGAUCACAGUUUUGUCAUAUUUCAAGCAUAUCCUUCACGACGCCACAUCUUAAGGGUGAAAAAAAAUCAAGUAAUCAAUUAAAAAUAUAAUUGUAAAGUCAAACCUGCCACUGCCUUGCCUGCAAUAAACAAUAACUAUGGCAAUACUUCAGCCUCCAGUUUCUCAGCUGUACUGUAAUUGAGAGGUAUUGGGUAUCAGCUUCUCAUUUUUACAGACCUGAAUUUACUCAUUUGUGUCGUGUCUUUACGUUUUAAAGAUGUUGAAUGAGUUACGUGGUACUCAGUGUCUCCCUCUGCUGGUCACUUGAGGAAACGAGCCUUUUCCAACCGCAGUGGUUGUGCGGAUUAAGCAUUUUUAGCUCGGCUGUAACGUCGAUUUGGCCCUUCUGACAAAUUUCCACAAUCUGAAAUGAUUGAUCAGCACGGCUGAUCUGACCACGAGAUGGGAAAGCAAGUCGAUCUUUAACCGUCCUGCCAGCUCACGAGGCCCUCGGGUAUAUUCUGGCAUGUUUGAUUUACACAACGUAGCGCGAGACGGUCAGCGACGUAACUUUCAGGCAACGGCCAAUGCGAGAGAAAAAGGAUGAUGGGCGUGCGCUCCGUCACGGGAGCAGCAGACCGCGGGGACGGAGGAGCUGCUUGUUGAAUUCAGACUAAAUAAGUGCUUUUUACGCUUUCAACUCGGCAGACAGUUCGUAGUAAAAUAUUUCACAAAUUUAUUUUAAUUUCAUUUUUUUUCUAUUUAUUGUACUAUUUAUUUUCAUUUUAUCAUUGUUUUACUGUAGUUUUCUACUUGAUCUUAGGCUUUUCAGUGGUUUUAUUUAUUUACAUUUAUUACAGAUUAAAAAAAUCUAUUCUUUAUUACUAAUCUGCUUAACAGGUUUGUCUUGAUGUUUCCUCAUUUUGUAUUAAUGUACUGUUUUAAUACGUUCGUGGUCAUGUUUUAUUUUCUGUUUAUACUUUUACUGUCACAACCGUAUAUUUGAUCUUUCCAGUCCCUUCUUUUCUGGCUCGGCUGUAUUGUAAAUGAAGAUCAGCCGAUGUGCUCUGAGUUUUAAUAAAGGUGGAUUGACUGACUGAUUCGUU